AUUGGGGCCCACUCCAAACUGCGUUGUAUCUUAAAAAUUCACCAAUUCUGGGAAACGUGCUAUACUUCGAUGAGCGGUCAACACAAAAUGCGCAAAAUUCGUUGGUUUCUAAUCGGUUCUCUUCCCACUUAUGAAUUAAGAGGCAAAAUUAUUUAUAAUUCAGACGUUGUAUCAGUAUCAAGAUAAGAAAAUCAUAAUCAAAUUAUAAUUCAAGAAUGGAGAUUGAAUCUGAAGAAACAUCAUCUAUCAGUAUGUCUAAUGUUGGAAAGCAAGUUCAUCCAACCUACCUCAACAUGGUUAUAGAUGCUAUUGAUGGAAUGAAGGAACGACAUGGAUCAUCUCGUCACGCGAUCCUGAAGCGCAUCCAAAGCAUCUACGGUAUUACGGAUGAGCGGGCGCACAUCAGAAUUAACAAAGCUCUUCGAGAACUCGCAGAAUCUGGAGCAAUCAUAGCAGGAGGAGCCCCCGGGAGGAAAGGUUCUGGAUGUUUUAAACUCCCGUCCCAGCAUCAACUUCGGGCUGAUCAAAUUAAAGAUAUCAAGGUAGUUUCCCCUGUUAGGAAAGGUCUGAAGAUGCCGACUCAUCAGGACGUGGGGAAAAAAGUUUCAAAAAAGUUGCAAAAAAUGGGGAAAAUGCGGGUUUUGCAGCCAAGCCGAGGAAUAAAGGCAGUCAAGAAGAAUAAAGUUCAUGCAGUGAAGCAAUCCAGGCAGUCGAGGAGACCAAGCUACAUAAAUGCAUAGCGGACCCUUUCAGAUCAGUCAAGAUGCACCAAGAAUGAAUAUUUUUUAUAAUAUAAUGCGUCAUAGAAGACGGAAUGAUAAUAUAGUCAAAAGAGAAAAAUAAAUAUUAAUUUUGA